UAAAUUAAAAUGUUAAUGUUGUUUUUGGGCACGUGGACUCCUUGUUCAAGACUUAUAUAUGGUUAUAUAUAAUAACCACGUCUAAGGUGAUUAAUGUCACAAGUAAUGGUUUGUGUGUAUGUGUGUGUAUCAUUGACAAGCCCGAUGCACUAAAAGAGGAAGCGCGGAGGAUUAUAGGAGGAGCAUGAGAAAGGAGGGAUAUGAUGUACUGAGAGAAAGAGGGAACAGAAUAGAGAGUGGGAGGAAGAGGAAAAACAGAGACGCAUGUGUGGUAUAGAACACAGAGAUAAGGUAAUGAGAAGAGCUUGGCAGAGGGACAUGUGAGAGAGAUAGGGAAAGAAAAUAAAGACAGAUAGAUGUAAAUCGGCAAAGGAAAGUCACAGGAAAAGGUCUGAAGUGUCCCUGUCCAAGAUUUACCAAAGAAGACCAACAUGUGGUCUGCAAUUUUUCACUUCAGUUGGAAGUUGAUGGAGCAUCCUGAUGCACCUUGAUCAUGGCCCAAAGCAAAUGGAGGAUUUGACCAUCCCGGUAUAUGUAGACAUUUUUAAUGCAAUCUAUUUAUUGUAUCUAUUUAUCUGCAUCUGACGAAAAUUAGUAUAAGAAAACAGAAAGGACUCUAAAAGACAGGUUUUGAUCUCCACUGGGUCACUAUGCAGGAUGACUCACAUGAUUGCGUUGAAAUGAACACCAAAAAUCCUGAGGACUUGUCACAGCAAAACGGGUAUAUAAACCAAAUCAGAAAACAGACUAAGCAUGAAGAAAUACAGAAAGACAAUAAUUCUGCCCAAGAUGGGAAUAAACAACCCAAUGGUAAUGGAAUCGGACAGCUCAACAUUGAGCUAGGAAUUGCUAAGAAAGAGAACACCCCAGAACCUCUUCAAGUAUGCACAUCCUUUAAGACAUCCAAUGCAACCCCAAACGGCCUCCCAUACUCAUCACUUCCUGAAGCCAGUGUGGAAGACAACACUACCAACGGUGUAGGGAACUGCUUACAAUCCCGCAGAACUGAUCAUGAUUGUUCAGAACCAGAGCCAGAGGUCACGGGAGUCCCUGAGCGUCAGAGUGUGAGAAUUCGGCGCAAUGCUGCCACCGGAGCAAGUCGCUGUUACCAGACUAUGCGGCUGGGAUUUCUGCAGUGCCUGGAGGACACCCCGUUUGUGGUACCAGGCCUGGUAUUGACCAUCUUGUUUUGUGUGACCAUCAUCGUCGUCAUUGCUGCUACUAGCAGACAUAUCACUGGUCAUGUAGGAGCAUUAGCAGUGGUGUGUGUUGUGCUCUGUCUUUGUGUCCUGCUGUUGGUGUGUUUGCCGUGCCUGCCCACCUUGCGUAGGUGUGAACAGAUGCUUGCGCUCUCCAUCUGGUUCACACUAUUCAUCACUGCCAUUGUCUUCAUCUUCACCGACAAAGUCACCGCAUGGGAACAAGUGGCGUUUUUUCUCUUUCUUUCUCUAUCAGUAUACACAAUCUUACCUCUUACUUUCUGGUGGGCUAUGAUCUUUGGUAUCGGAGCCAGUGUGUGUCACAUCAUCAUUAUCAGCGUCAGUGUGUCUGCUAGCCGCCCUAGGCAACGUGACGUGGCAGUGCAGCUGGUAGCAAAUGCAGUGCUGUUUGUGUGUAUAAAUUGCGUUGGACUUUUUCACCUCUGGCUUAUUGAGAAUGCAAGAAGAAAGUCCACCAUGAGCCGAGAAACCUUUAGCUACAACCGCUCCAAACGAGCCACACAGAAGCGUGAUCAGGAACACCUCCUCCUGUCCGUGCUGCCCCGAUACAUUGCCAUGGAGCUCAAAGGCGAGGUUGUCAAAGGUCUGUCAAGAACAUUCGCAGGAGUCGACAAUAAGCCAAACUUCCACAAUUUAUAUGUCAAGCAGCACAAAGACGUCAGCAUUCUGUAUGCAGACAUUGUAGGUUUCACCAGUCUGGCCAGCACCUGCACUCCCGAGGAACUGGUCGUCGUCCUUAACAAACUCUUCGGCAAGUUUGAUGACAUUGCCAAGAAAAACGAGUGUCUGCGUAUCAAGAUCCUGGGUGACUGCUACUACUGCGUUUCAGGCCUUCCAGAUCCAAUCCCUCACCAUGCACGCAACUGUGUACAGAUGGGACUAGAUAUGUGCACUGCCAUAAAUAAGCUGAGAGAGGCGACAGGUGUCGACAUCAGCAUGAGGGUUGGCGUACACUCAGGAAACGUACUUUGUGGGGUAAUUGGCUUGCUCAAGUGGCAGUAUGAUGUCUGGUCAAAUGACGUAACGCUAGCCAAUCGCAUGGAGUCUGGAGGUGUCCCUGGAAGGGUUCACAUUACAGAGGAGACCCUUGGAAACUUAGGCGGGGCGUACCAAGUUGAGGAGGGGAACGGAGCCAGUCGGGAUUCUGCUUUGGAGGGCAGGAAGACAUACCUAGUGAUUGACCCCAACCCACAGAACAGCACUGAUGAAAAACCAAAGACCAACAUCCUGAUGAUGAAUGGUAGACCAAAGCAGCGGGCUUCAGUGAGAAUGUCUCAGUAUCUACAGUCCUGGAAGAGCAUCAACCCCUUUUCAGAGCUCAAUCGACCAGAGGACUCGAUCGCUGCCCCACUCAGCCCAUCGAAUAACUUCAGUCAGUCACAGGGGGACACUGAAUCAGUAAACCAUCAGCCAUAUACUUCCUACCAAGAAAGCAGGCUUUCAUCUGUGUCAGAAAAUGGGUCAAUGGCGUCAUUGGACCCACUAGAUGCGUCAGGAUCAAAAACCAAGAAACUCAACUGGUUGACACUGUUUUUCAGUGAUAUAAACAUGGAAAAGCAGUAUCAGCUGAGCGAGGUAAAGGAUAUCCAUCAGUCUGCGGCCUGUCUGGCUCUUAUCUUCACUGCCAUAUUCACUGUACAGAUGCUUACCUCACAAAAAAAUACUCCCCUGGCGAUAUCAUAUGGAGUCACCUUUCCUAUCCAGUUGCUGAUACUGCUGGUGAUCAGCAUGGGAUUCCUAAAGCAAUUUAACUCUAAGAUCCCACCUAGUAUGCAAUGGUUGUCAUUACUGCCAUAUGGAGUAGCCACCAAAGUGUUGCUGAGACUACUCCUGGUCUUCACCUGUCUCCUCAUCACACUACUCAUGGCCAUCCUGAACCUAGUUUUUAUUCCAGGUGAUAACUGCCUAAACUCCACCAACAAUGCCACCACACUGGAUAAUCUAAACCUUUAUUCUGUACCGUAUUAUCUGUAUUGCUGUUUAUUGGCAAUGCUGGGGGUGGUGGUGUUUGUACGAGUGUGUUUUUCUGUUAAACUCUUCCUCCUCACACUUGCACUAGUUGUCUACCUUGCUCUCUUCCUCUACGUGUAUGCGCCACGUUCUGAUUGCUACAUGCAGCAACUCUACAACGUUUCCAACAAUCCUGGAGUUCUAAAGGAGCCCAAGAUCAUGUCAGGGGUUUGGCUCUGCAUUUUCUACUUCACCUCUCUAAUUCUUGCCCGACAGGACGAGCUGGCCUGUCGAGUCGAGUUCCUUCUAGAGAAGUGUUUUGAGAAAGAGCGUGAGGAGAUGGAGAUGACAGAAAAUAUCAACAAGCUCCUCCUCGAAAAUCUGCUGCCUUGUCAUGUUACCAACUUCUUUAUUGGCAAAAAUGUUCCCAAUCAGUGUGUUUUCCAGGAUUUGUACAGUCAGUCUUGUGAAGCUGUGUGCGUGAUGUUUGCCUCAGUGCCUGAGUUUAAGGAAUUCUACACAGAGAGCAGUGUAAAUGGAGAUGGCCUGGAGUGUCUGAGAUUCCUCAACGAAAUCAUCACAGACUUUGAUGAGCUCCUCAGCAAGCCCAAGUUCAAUGUAGUUGAGAAAAUUAAGACUAUUGGCACCACAUACAUGGCUGCUGCUGGACUGACCAAUCCCACUACAGGAGAGGAGCGAAAGGACAGUGACGCGUGCAAAAAUAAUGUGCGGAGUAUGGUGGACUUCGCCAUGGCUUUGAUGGGAAGACUGGAAAACAUCAAUAGACACUCUUUCAACAACUUCAAACUCAGGAUAGGAAUAAACCAUGGCCCUGUCAUUGCUGGAGUAAUUGGAGCUCAUAAACCUCAGUACGACAUCUGGGGCAACGCUGUGAAUGUAGCCAGCAGAAUGGACAGCACUGGUGUACUAAAUAAAAUACAGGUGACUGAAGAAACUGCGCAGGUAGCUGAGAGCAUGGGCUUUGUCGUGACCAAGAGAGGCAUCAUUAACGUGAAAGGCAAAGGACAGCUUACUACUUACUUCAUCAACACUGAGCCAUCAUCACAAUACCCAUAGUUCAUAAAAAGAAUACAGUACAUACACUGUACUGUAUGUAUCUCUCUCAAAAACCUAUCAGUGGAGUCUACCUUCCUAGUUAUGAUGUUGAUAACAUGUCUGAAUCAUCAGUCUUUGUCAUUUUUUCACUGUAGGAAAUGAGUGAUAAGUGAGACAUGAAUUUCAGACAAAAAUGUACAAGAUUUUGUAACAGAAUCUCAUACUAGAAGAAUAAGAAGAAUAAGCAGUUCCUGUACAGCGAAUGCUGCACUUAAAUGUUUACAAGCUCUGUGGCUUAGCACGUUUGCCAAAUGCACUUCCCUACUAUUACAGAAUGUAAUUUUUGCUGUAUGUUUCCAUUAAUGCCUAUGUUUAAAAUAUUUAUUUAUUAAAGACUGUUGUAUGCACUUUCCCACAUACAUCUACCAGUUUUCUAUUCAUAAUUAAAAUAUAAUUAAUUAAAAUAAAUAAAAGUCCUAUGGUUGGUUGGUUAUCCUUCUCAAAUACUCUUAGUCUUUAGAUUCAUAUUGAGCAAGCAGUUCCAUGCAAUGUGGAUUACUUAUAGGACAUUUU